GGGUCAUAUUUAUUUAGGUCAAAAUGACUGUUUCCCCUUCUGAUUCGUGAUGGGUAUUGACUACUGUCGUAGUUAAUGACUAACUGACCCGCUCCACCACUCACGCCCAUUGGUCACUCGUCCUUCCAUACAGACAGACAGAGAGGGGUAUUUGACCGGUGUGUCCUCAAGGUUGGAAGACAUGACAGUGUUCAGGAGCAGCGUUCCGGUACAGGUAGGAAACUCUGAAGUUCUGAAAGCCUUAAUAGACACAGAAAAGAAGAGGAGGAAUGGAAGCAUUGCUGAGUAAAUUCAGCUGACUAGUUCAGCCAACAGAAACGCGCUGCUCAAACAGACUUUCCAACACAACACUGGAACUCUUCCAAGUCAAGUCCGCUGUGUGUCAGUGAGCUGCAGGGAUGGCGCACCACGAGCAGAGCACAGCCACUUUCCCAGAACACAUCCGCAAGAAACAGAAUGGUGAACAGCUGAGCGCUGGGGAGAUCCGAGACUUUGUACAGGGUGUCAAGGACAAGACCAUCCAAGAGAGCCAGAUUGGAGCCAUGUUGAUGGCAAUCUGGCUGCAGGGAAUGGUAGCAGAGGAGACUCUCACACUGACGAAGGAGAUGAUGAUGUCAGGGGAAGUGAUGUCAUGGCCGGCAGAGUGGGAGGGGCUAAUGGUGGAUAAGCACUCGACAGGUGGAGUGGGGGACAAGAUCAGCCUGGUGCUGGCUCCUGCUCUGGCUGCCUGCGGCUGCAAGGUACCCAUGAUAAGUGGCAGAGGUCUGGCACACACAGGCGGCACGCUGGACAAACUGGAGUCCAUCCCUGGCUUUAACGUCUAUCAGUCUGUACAACAGCUGCAUCGGAUCCUGGAGGAGGUUGGCUGUUGCAUUGUAGGACAGACAGAUAACCUGGUGCCUGCUGACAAGGUCAUGUACGCUCUGAGAGACGUUACGUCUACAGUCGACAGCCUCCCACUCAUCACAGGCUCUAUCAUCUCUAAGAAGGGUGCUGAGUCUCUGAGUGCCUUGGUUCUGGAUGUGAAGUUUGGGAAUGCAGCUCUCUACAAAGACCUGGGCAGUGCCAAGUCACUGGCCCAGUCCAUGGUGACAGUUGGAAACAGUUUGGGGAUCCGUACGGGGGCGGUGCUUAGUCGUAUGAACUGUCCUAUUGGUCGCUGUGUGGGGAACACUCUGGAAGUGAUGGAGUCCCUGGAGUGUCUAAAGGGGAGGGGCCCAGACGACAUACUGGAGCUGGUCACAAGUCUGGGUGGGCUGCUGUUGUGGAUGAUUGGCCGUGCAGGGAGCCUGGAGGAGGGUAAAAAGGUGAUCUCUACAACCCUGCAGAAUGGUGCAGCCCUGGAAAAGUUCCAGAACAUGAUGAUUGGUCAGGGAGUAGCCAGUCAGAUCGCUGCAUCACUCUGUUCAACCAAUGCAGACUACUACAGCAUCCUGAGACGGGCACACUACCAGACAGAACUGGAGACACAGGGCCACGGAACAGUGCUGGACAUUGACGGCAUGGUCAUUGCUCAGGUGCUGCACAGGUUGGGGGCGGGACGUUCGAAGGCCGGAGACCCUGUCAAUCACAGCGUGGGGGCGGAGCUUCUGGUGUCUUUGGGACAUAAGGUGGAGAAAGGGCAGCCAUGGCUGCGUGUCCACUACGAGACUCCGGCGCUGAGUGCAGAGCAGAGACUCAGUCUACAAGGGGCGCUGACACUGGGGCCCGUCGACCAGCUACACACACAGUCACUAGUGGCAGAAAUCAUACUGCCAUAGUGACACAAAUACACUCUAUGUUAAAGCUUGAUUGGGAGAUGACCU